UCAACAACAGUGUUUUAGUAGCUUCUUAUAUUGCUCUACAUUUAGCAUUUCCUUUGCCAAAAUGAAAUUCGUUAUCGUCUUUGUUGCCCUCUUCGCCGUCGCCAUGGCCAACUCCGAUCAAGAUGCUCAAAUUGUGCGUCAGGACACAAAUGUAGAGCCAUUGAGCUACCAAUACGCCCAAGAAACCAGCAACGGUAUCAGAUCAGAAGAAUCCGGCCAAGUUAAGAACUUGGGCACAGAACAAGAAGCCAUCUCUGUUCAAGGCUCAUACUCCUACGUUGGUGAUGAUGGUCAAACCUACACCGUCAACUACAUCGCUGAUGAGAACGGUUUCCAACCACAAGGUGCUCACAUUCCAGUUGCUUAAUUCAUUCCAUGAAUGAUGCCAACUGAAACACUGUUGCCUAGUUGUAAAUAUGUAGUUGAAAAGAAAAUAAAAAAUUUAAAAAUCAAAAAUAAAUUAAAUUUGAA